AUGAAUCAAGAAGACUUUGAAAAUAUCAGAGGAGAAUUUUAUAUGUUCUGGAAUUGCUCGAAGGCUGUAGGUAAGCCAUGUUUGGUUGGUCUACUCACGGGAAACGCUGCAGUUGCAGCGACCAAUGAGCCUGAUGAUAUCAUAGUAGAAAAAGCCCGAGCAGCUGCUAGUCGUUUGGCAUCCAAAGCUUAUCGGGGAUCAGUAAAAAUCGUGGAAUCGGUAGUUACGAGAUGGCAAAUUGAUCAGUUUUCUCGUGGAUCCUAUUCUUAUGUUGGAUUGGAAGCUACUGGUGCUGAUUUCGAUGUCUUGGCUAGACCUAUUGGCCACUCUUUGUUUUUUGCAGGUGAAGCUACUUGUCGUACUCACCCUGGUACUGUACAUGGUGCAUAUAUUUCUGGAUUAAGAGCUGCUAGUGAGACAUUAACAAGUCUAAUCGGUGAGAUUGAAAUUCCUUAUCCAUUGAUUCCAUCUAAGGACGGAUCAGGCAGUAGAAGUCACUAUGCUACAGCUGCGUCAAGUCAAGUUGGCUCAUCAAUGGUGACUCCAAUUCCACCUAUAUCUAAGAACCUGUCGCCUUUAGGCCCCCAAUAUGGAAUCAGAAGUGGCGGAGAUCAUAAUCACCACUCAUCAUCAUUAAGAAGUUCAACUGUUCCAGACUUGCCACAUAGUGAUGUUCCUCAUGACGAGUACUACGACGACAGUAGUGACAGCGGUGCUCCCAGCAAACAUGUGGACCAUAGUAAGCUUGACCUAGUGGAAAGUGCUUUAAUGAAACUGCGCGAAGAAAGAAUAAGCCACGACAACGAAAGAAUGCGCCAUGAUUUGGUCAUGGAGCUCGGGGAGAGACCUGUUAAGCCAGAAAGACUUGGCGCUAAUCCGUUCUUGAUUUUCCAAAAGGAUUUUUGGGAAAAAUGCCGUCAGGAAACCGAUCUUGCUAAGCAGAAAGCUAGCGGUGAUGCCAAUGCCAAAGCAGCACGUAACGAGGUUCGCGCUGCUCUGGGUAAGAUGUGGAGAGAAUUUCCCGAGGAAAAGAAAAUCCCUUAUCUGGAAGCAACUAAAAAUAUUAAGGACGAGAACAAUAAAAAGUCCGAUGAGUUCCGUAAAAAGCUACGACAAUAUGAUUCUGAGGCAGAGGAUUUCCGUCGUAGAUGGAAGGAAGAGAAUGCCACUGAGCCGUCAAGUGAAGAACGAAGAUUGGAACGCAUUUUGGACGAUGCUAAUUAUCAUAACCGCACUAAAAAGAGGAAGCGAUAA